AUGCUGGUGGGGCUAGGUCCUCCGGGGAUCUUGGGUAACCUGCUCGCUGCUGGCAGCCACUGCUGGGUUCUAACGAAGGAGAGCUGCACUCAGGUUUAUGCUUUGGAAAGAAAGGCCUCUCUGGCCUCCAGUGUCGACAAGGAACUUGGAGGAACCUUGGGGGCAGGGAAGCUGGGCUGUUGUACAGCUGGAACGCCUUUCUCUUCCCAGUCACUCCAGAAGAGCUGUGAAUCUGAGCCCAGGGUCUCCGGCUCCCAGAGCCUUCUGGAGGAGGAUGUCCCAGAGCCCCUGUCCCACGUACAGGCCAGCAGUUCCAGGGGCACUGAGCCUCUCAGCAGCCUCGACCUCUCCCAUGGGUCCCUGGUGGCCUCGGAGUAUGUGCCCUUCUUCCGCACCUACGGGAAGCUUCUGGCUGUGGAGGACCCGGCCCCGCCACCUAUGGUUGGCAGGGACCAAGGUAGAGACCAGAACAUCAGAGAGGAGCCAUUCCCUGAGGACCCAGAACCGCCCAGCGGGUUCUUCCCUCACUACCACUCCAAGGAGGAGAGCUUUCCCAGCCUGGUCCUUCCUGGCAGGUCUUGUGGGGGCUCCCGAGACACACGCACCAGGAAGGAGGCGCUGGCUGGCUGCUUCUGCAGGAUGGCCGUCAGCUGCAGGUGCUCUGUGAGUGUGGGAGUGUGGGGAGGGGAGCAGCCCCGGGCCCCCUGGCAUUCUUCAGACCUCCGUCCCGGGACCCCCCCCAGUAAGCUAGGCCAGUACCACUCCCGGGGUCUCCUGGGGCUCCCAGAACAAUGUGCUGUCUCGGCAAGCCCAGGAGUCAUCCCCGGGUCCUUCCAUUCACCACCCUGCUGCCCCAACCUGCUGGUCUCGGCAGGGCACUCCCAUGACAGCAGCCUGACUGUCCCUCUCUCCAGUGAUGCUGCCUUCAGGGGCUAUGGCCUUUGUGCCUCGGGAUUUGUGCCUUACUACAGAACCCCUGAGGAGAAGCUGCACACCAGCCCUGGACCUCCUUCCUCUCCAUCAGGGAGCCGGAAGCCCACAGGAGUAGCCCAGGCCUGGUGCAUCCACAGCGUGAGGGAGCAGGAGCUGGGAGCAGCAGGAGCCACCAAAGAAUGGGCCCCAGGACCUGCUCAUCAGCAAGAGGUGAAGGUGGCUGGGGGUGAGGUUCUCCAAACUCUGCGCCAUUGCCUGUGA